UUUUUAGUUACCUAAAGAUUAGCGACUUCUGUGCACGUUCUUCGUUGAAAACCUUCGAUCUGCCAACGAAGUGACCUUUUGCUCCAAAUUUAAUGAGCACUAGAGCAUCAUGUAUGCUGCCACGGUGGUGAACAUUAUCAACUUGGUCCAGACUGGCCUGAGCUACCUGGCCAUGGUACAGUUCUCUGCAUAUUUAUGGCCACCAGAUGCUGUCGUUCAAGAUGGAGCUAUCUUCGACUACAUUAUAGUAGGUGCUGGAACUGCCGGUAACGUGCUAGCCAACAGACUAACUGAAGAUAAACACGUGAACGUCCUACUGAUAGAGGCGGGUGGAGACGCUCCAAUAGAUGCCGUUGUGCCCGGCUGUGCAAUAUUCUUAAAGCAAUCAAACUACGACUGGAAUUAUACGACGGAGCCCUAUGUGGUUAACAAACAGUGUCAUCAAAAACCUUACCAUGAACCGAGUUCUGGCAAAAUGUUAGGAGGCACCAGCUCUCUGAACUAUAUGCUGUACUCUCGAGGGCAUCCCACAGACUAUGACAACUGGGCGAGUAUAACUGACGAUGCAACCUGGAAAUGGGAGAACGUACUCCCAUAUUUUAAGAAAAGUGAAAGAAUUGAGGACCCCGUCUUCCUUUCAUCGGACGGUAUGGCUAAUCACGGUUCAAAAGGAUUCGUAGGAUUAACGAAAGAACCCAGUCCACAGUCAGAUCAUGUUUUGAAAAGCUUUGAGGAACUUGGACAUGAUGUAACUAACGAUUCCACAACAGGUUUCGGCUAUGCCGAUUCCUGGGUUUAUAUUGGAAAGGGUGGUCGACAAUCUACUGCUAUGACUUACUUAAAUCCAGCCAAACACCGUGAAAAUUUACAUCUAUUGAAAAAGGCUCACGUAACUAAAAUAAAUUUCGAUCAAAACAAGAAUGCUGAAGGCGUGGAAGUUAUUUUAGAAGAUGGUAAAACUAUUCAUGUAAAAGCGUCGAAAGAAGUUAUUCUAUCUGCUGGUGCAUUCGGUUCAACUAAGAUACUUUUAUUAUCAGGAAUUGGCCCAGAGAAAGAGCUAAAAAGUAAAAAUAUUGAUUGCGUAGCAGAUCUACCAGUUGGAAAAAAUUUACAAGACCACACUGGUGUAGUUUUGGUGUAUUCUAUGGAAAAAGCUGGUCGGUUGAUUACGAACCCUAAUAAACACCCAGCGGCUCCUGUAAUAGGAUAUGUAGCUUUGCACAAAAGCCAUAAGCAUCCAGAUUACCAAACAAUGUCGUUUUACGCGCACUCGAGGCUCGUAUUGUACUUUUGUUCCUUCGCCUACAGAUUGAGUUACGAGAUCUGCGAUAAAAUAUUCACAAGCAGUAUGGGAAAAUAUGAUUUCUUUACCGAAAUUGUUAAUUUAAAUCCAAAAUCUAGAGGCGAAGUGACUUUAAGAAGUUCUGACCCAAUGGAUCCUCCUAUUAUUAAGACUGGUUAUCUAACAGAAGAUGAUGAUAUUGAUAACUUGGUGAAAUAUAUGAAGCGAGUGUCACCUAUUGGAGAUACGACGUAUUUCAAAAGCAUUGGUGCAGCGGAGAUAGAUCCUACACUGGAUCAUUGUUCUGAUUUUAAGAAAGGCACUGAUGAAUACUGGAAGUGCUAUGUCAGUUGUAUGUUUACUGGUUUAAGUAAUUAUGUUGGAACUUGUGCAAUGGGUAGCGUUGUUGAUAGUAAAUUAAAAGUUAUUGGUGUACAAAGAUUAAGAGUUGUUGAUGCAAGUGUUAUGCCUGUUAUAACUCGAGGAAAUACCGAAGGUCCAGUUACAAUGAUUGCCGAAAAAGCUGCCGACUUCAUCAAAGAAGAUAAUCGUGAUAAAUGUUAAUGAAAUUUUUGUUGUACUUUCUUAUUUGUUUUUACUUGUUUAGUUAUUAAAGUAAUCUUUAAAAUUCUCA